AUACAAACUAGAAGCAAAAAAGUAGCUAUGCUUUCAACAAAUGUUUAUUUACCAGAUGAAUGUUGGGAAUAUAUCUUGGAAUUCCUUAUCAACCACGGCACCGAAGACACUCACUGUCGCUACUUUCAUCUGAAGUCUCUUUCCCUCGUCUCCAAACAGUUACUCUCCAUCACAAACCGUCUUCGAUCAUCUCUCACUAUCUAUAAUCCAACAUGCCAAUUCUUCCGUAGAUUCUCCAACAUCGUCUCCCUCGACCUAUCCUACUACGAUGGUGAUCUGGAUGAUCUUCUCGUCGGAAUCUCUCAUUUUCCAUUGAAAAUCACAUCACUCAAUAUCUCAAACAAACUCAAGAUUCCAACAAAGGGACUUGGAGUUUUCUCCAAAAACAUUACGACUUUGACAUCUCUCGUAUGUUCCAACAUUGCUACUCUCUAUUAUACCCACAUGUUAUUCAUUGCCGAAUGCUUCCCUCUCCUCGAAGAACUUGACCUCAGUAAACCUACACAGUUUAAAUUUGACAAAACCGUUUUCUUCCCUGCACAGGCUCUUUCUUUGGCACUGCCUAAACUCCGCAGAGUUAACUUGUCUCGUAAUUCCUAUAUCUCCAACGAAUUACUUUUCCACCUGUUCAAGAACUGUAAGCUUCUCGAAGAGGUUAGCAUCAUCGGUUGUUGGCGCAUACACCUGUCUGACAUUGCAGCUGAUCUCCACGAGAGGCCAACGUUGAGCUCAUUAUCUUUUUCAGCAAGCAGUUUCUACGGCCUCACUUCAUCUUUCAUUGACUCUUUGGUGAGUUUGAAAGGUUUGACUUCACUUGAUUUGUUCGUUUUGAGAAUAUCCGAUGAGUUUCUCUCCUCUAUUGCAAUGGAGGGUCUUCCUUUGACAAGGCUUGGUCUCCGAAAUUGUUCAGGCUGUAGUUAUGCUGGAAUAUUUUCUUUGCUAUCCAAGUCUCCAUGUAUACAACAUUUGAUUCUUCAAAGUGCUUCUUUUCUGAAUAAUCAACAUGUUGCCGAGUUGUCUUUAUUUCUGAGUGAUUUGAUCUCUAUAAACCUUAGUCAUUGUGAAAGACUCACAGAAUCAGCCUUGUUUGCACUUGUUAGGAAUUGUCCUUCACUUAUUGAGAUCAAUAUGGAAUAUACAUCUAUUGGAAAAGAGAGCGUUAGGAAUUCUAAUUCUUCGAUGGAUUGUAUUGUAAACUCUCAAUUAAAGUCUCUCUAUUUGGCUCAUUGUGAGGAGUUAAGAGAUGAAACCAUCAUAAGGUUUUCUUCCAUUUUCUCCAAUUUGCAGCUGCUUGAUUUGAAUUCUUGCCAACUAAUAUCUGAUGAAAACGGUCAUGUUUUUAGGAGAUAUUGUAACAUUAGACAUUUGAAUUUAGCCAAUUGUUCAAGAGUGAAGCUACUUGUUGGAAUGAACUUUGAACUUCCUAACUUGGAGGUGUUGAAUUUGUCAUGUACAACCGUUGACGAUAAAACACUCUAUGCAAUCACAAAGGGUUGUCGUGGGCUUUUGCAAUUCGACCUUGAAAAUUGUGGGAAUGUCACACAGAAAGGAGUGAAAGAUGUGCUUGAAAACUGCACACAACUAAGACUCUUUUCACAUCAUGGAUGCCGUGUUUGCUAG